GCUGCUCAAAAUGCUUUUAUUGUGAAUUAGCUGACCGGAAGUGAUGAAGCCUCACCAGAACUAGCUUGACAGUGGUGUGAAGAUGGCGGCGUACAGUUACUCUACGCUGCUGCCUCUGCUGUUGUUGUCCGUCUCUCUAUGGGGCUUCGGCUCGGUCCUCGGCUUGAAGGCUGUCAGCGGCCCGGCCGAGCCUCCGAACCCGCCCAACCCGCCCGUUGUCAGAGCCGUGGAGCCCCCGGCCAAGGAUGCACCUGCCGCCGCUGCUGCUGCUGCUGCCGCUGGGGCCUCUCAGCCUCGAAGGGCGACCGGUUGGAAGCUGUCGGAGGAGGAGGCCUGCCGGGAGGACCUGUCCCGCCUCUGCCCCAAACACACCUGGACCAACAACCUGGCUGUGCUGGAGUGCCUGCAGGACCGCAGAGAGGAAUCUGAUAUUGCUCCUGAUUGUAACCAUCUCUUGUGGAACUAUAAACUCAAUCUGACCACAGAUCCAAAGUUUGAGUCGGUGGCUAUGGAGGUCUGCAAGAGCACUAUCGCUGAGAUAAAGGAGUGUAACGAGGAGGAGCGAGGGAGGGGCUACCUGGUGUCUUGCCUGGUGGAUCACCGUGGCAACGUCAGUGAGUACCAGUGCAACCAGUACAUCACCAAGAUGACCAGUAUCAUCUUCAGCGACUACAGACUGAUCUGCGGCUUCAUGGACAAAUGUAAAGAAGACAUCAACACCCUGCACUGCGGCAGCAUCAACGUGGGACACAAGGACGUUCACUCCCAGGGCGAAGUCAUCUCCUGUCUGGAGAAGGCGUUGGUGAGGGAGGCGGAGCAGCAGGAUCACGGUCAUCCAAUCAAAGAGGAGUGUAAGAAGGCGAUCCUGCGGGUGGCCGAGCUGUCGUCAGACGACUUUCACCUCGACCGUCACCUUUACUUCUCCUGCAGAGACGACCGCGAGAGAUUCUGUCCGAACACUCAGGCAGGAGAAGGGAAAGUCUACAAGUGUCUGUUCAAUCAUAAGUUUGAGGAGGCCAUGUCAGAAAAGUGCCGUGACGCUCUGACCACGCGUCAGAAGCUCAUCUCUCAGGACUACAGAGUCAGCUACUCUCUGGCUAAAGCCUGCAAGGCGGACCUGAGGAAGCAGCGCUGCAGCCUGGACAACAACCUGCCGCGGGCCCGUGAGGCCCGGCUCUCCUACCUGCUGCUGUGCCUGGAGGCUGCUGUGCACCGAGGGCGUCCGGUCAGCGGCGAGUGUCAGGGCGAGAUGCUGGACUACAGGCGGAUGCUGAUGGAGGAUUUCUCCUUGAGUCCGGAGAUCGUGCUGCACUGCCGGACGGAGAUCGAGGCCCACUGCUCCGGCCUGCACCGCAAAGGCCGCACGCUGCACUGCCUGAUGAGGAUCGGCCGGGGGGACCGCAGCACGGCGGUGGACAGCGUCUGCCAGAGCGCCCUGCAGACAUUGAUCCAGUCUGCUGACCCCGGAGCUGACUACAGGAUCGACCGCGCGCUCAACGAGGCCUGCGAGUCCGUCAUCCAGACCGCCUGCAAACACAUCCACAACGGAGACCCCAUGAUCCUGUCUUGCCUGAUGGAGCAUCUGUACACAGAGAAGAUGGUGGAGGACUGUGAGCACCGGCUGUUGGAGCUGCAGUAUUUCAUAUCCAGAGACUGGAAGCUGGACCCCGUCCUGUAUAAGAAGUGUCAGGGUGACGCCGCUCGGCUCUGCCACACUCACGGCUGGAACGAGACCAGCGAGCUGAUGCCGCCGGGCGCCGUCUUCUCCUGCCUGUACCGCCACGCCUACCGCAGCGAGGAGCAGGGCCGCCGGGUUAACCCAGCGGAGCAGUUAUCUCGGGACUGUAAGGUGGAGGUUCAGAGGAUUCUCCACCAGAGGGCGCUGGAUGUGAAGCUGGACCCCGAGCUGCAGAAGAGGUGCAUGACCGACCUCGGCAAGUGGUGCAGCGAGAAGACAGACACUGGACAGGAGCUGGAGUGUCUGCAGGAUCAUUUGGAGGACUUGGUGCCUGCCUGCAGGGAGGUGGUGGGGAACCUGACGGAGCUGGAGUCUGAGGACAUCCAGAUCGACGCUCUGCUCAUCAGAGCCUGCGAGCCCCUCACUCAGGCCUUCUGCCAUGAUGUAGCUGAUAACCAGGUGGACACAGGGGAUCUGAUGGAGUGCCUGGUUCAGAACAAACAUCAGAAGGAGAUGAAUGAAAAAUGUUUAGUCGGCGUUACACACUUCCAGCUGGUCCAGAUGAAGGAUUUCCGGUUCUCCUACAAAUUCAAGAUGGCGUGUAAGGAGGACGUUCUGCGACUGUGUCCAAACAUCAAGAAAAAGGUGGAUGUCGUGAUCUGCCUCAGCACCACGGUGAGGAACGACACGCUGCAGGACGCCAGGGAGCAGCGGGUCUCACUCAAGUGUCGUAAACAGCUGCGGGUGGAGGAGCUGGAGAUGUCGGAGGAUAUCCGGUUGGAACCAGAGUUGUACGAUCCCUGUAAGUCGGACAUCAGCCGUCUGUGUCCCAACGUGGCCUUUGGUAACGCUCAGAUGAUCGAGUGUCUGAAGGAGCAGAAGAAGCACCUGAGUCAGCGCUGCCACCAGAAGAUCUUCAGACUGCAGGAGGUGGAGAUGACCGACCCCGAGCUCGACUACCAGCUGAUGAGAGUCUGCAAGCAGAUGAUCAAGAGGUUCUGUACUGACGCGGACGCCAGGAACGUCCUUCAGUGUCUGAAACAGAACAAGAACAGCGAGCUGAUGGAUCCCAAAUGUAAACAGAUGAUCACCAAGAGACAGAUCACACAGAACACGGACUACAGGUUGAACCAGGUGUUGAGGAAAGCUUGCCGGGCCGACAUCCCAAAGUUCUGCCAGCCCAUCCUGAACAAGGCGAGCGAGGACAGCGAGCUGGAGGGCCAGGUCAUCGCCUGCCUCAAACUCAAAUACGCCGACCAGAGGCUGUCUCCAGACUGUGAGGAUCAGAUCAGAGUGAUCCUGCAGGAGUCAGCACUCGACUACAGACUCGACCCACAGCUGCAGAUGCACUGCACUGAUGAGAUCCCCAGGCUAUGUGCAGAGGAGGCAGCAGCUCAGGAGCAGACGGGUCAGGUGGAGGAGUGUCUGAAAGUCAACCUGCUGAAGAUCAAACAGGAAGCCUGUAAAAAAGAGGUGCUGAACAUGCUGAAGGAGAGUAAGGCAGACAUCUUCGUGGACCCGGUGCUCCACACAGCCUGCGCUCUGGACCUCAAACACCACUGUGCUGCCAUCACGCCGGGGAGGGGGCGACAAAUGUCGUGUCUUAUCGAGGCGUUACAGGACAAGAGGGUCCGUCUGCAGCCGGAGUGUAAAAAGAGACUUCAGGACCGCAUCGACAUGUGGAGCUACGCUGCAAAGGUGGCGCCAGCAGAGGGCUUCUCAGACCUGGCGGUGCAGGUGAUGAUCUCGCCCUCCAAGAACUACAUCCUGCUGAUGAUCUCUCUGAGCGUGUGCAUCCUCUUCCUGGUGGGGCUGCUGUGCGGCCGCAUCACCAAGAGAGUGACCAGAGAGCUGAAGGACCGGUAGAGAGGGAGUGCGCCCACAAAAGACUGACUCCUCGCACCUUCCUCCUCCUCCUCUUUCUCGUCCUUACGCAGCUUCCCGGUCUUUAACCAGCCACCCUGCACAGUGCCAACACCAUUUCCACAUCUGGAACCGCUCCGUUUAUUUGCUGCUGCUGAACAUUUGAAUCAAAUGCAAACAAAAUCCCUGAAAAUUCUCCGUUCUGGCCAUCUCCAGACUGAGCGUCAGAUUGGAGCGCUGAUAUUAUAUUUCCUCCCCCAAUAUAUCUGCUUUGUGGAGGGUGUUGUUCGGGGUCGGAUGUGAGGCAUCUUUUGAGUUCCUAAAGGAGCACCGAUCAUGAUUUGACUGAAGGCUGCUGCUUCUGAGGUUUGGAUUGCUUUCCAAUCGUUGCUUUUUUGUGAUAUUUAACUCAGAGACUGGAGCAUGUCGAGCAACAGGACGUUGUUUCUUUCAAAGUGGCUGCUGGAAUCGCACACUCAGCAACUGAACUUUGAAUUCUUUCAGACGUCCCUGUUGCUUUCAGACUUUUUUCCCCAUCAAUCGUGAAGUCCCGUCCUCUUCACUCCCUUACAGGACCCCGUCUGACUCGCCGGGUACGGCUCCUUACGUUGAGUUGUGGAUCUUUCUGGAUAUUCUCAUCAUGACCUGCGUCGUCCCAUGUCCUCUGUUGCCUUUAAUGAACACAAUCUGUUACACUACACUCAGAGAGGCUUCAUCUUCUGCAGUCUGUACCAUGAGCAACAUGCCUGAGCACAAACAUUAGCAGUUUGUGCAGUUUUGUAAGGAAGUAAGUUAUUGCUAAUAUGGCAAAUAAACAGCUGGCACACAUACCUUUUUUUCAAUUCUGCUUCAAUAACACGCUAAAGGUCAGACUAAUAAACCUGGACUGAGCUGCACCCUCUAAAUGUGACUGAGAAAACAUCGUCUGAAAUUGGCAUAAACAAGUCAAAGGUAAUCAUUUAGGUUUUGAACUGCAACUGCACACAGAAGGGAAACAGAUAAUACCAAUUUUCUUUAAAAUAGCCACCGAAACCCAUCAAGACACCUUAUAUUAACUCAGCUCAUUUUUUUAUCCAUACAAAAUGUAAUGUAAUAAAUCAAAAAACGUAACGAUUUGAUCACGAGGUAAUAGAACUUUCUUUUUUGGACGACAACUGCUGAGAGAUCCUGAAGUGUUACUGGGGCAUCAAGAAAUAGCUAUUUCUGGUCGUAUAUGUAAAUUAUUGGUAGGCGUACUUUUUUUUAUUACUUUGGACAGAGACAGUCUAGCCGUUCCACCCUGCUUCCAGAUUUUACGCUAAGCUAACUGCUCGAGCUCUUAUCCCAACGGCUUGUUGCUGCCCCCUGGUGGCCAAAACCUGAACAUCAGCAGCUUUACGUGGUCUUGAUGCAGAGUUAUGGGCAAGGGGGCAGCAGUCAGAGGGGUUUUACCUCAAAACAUUCAGAUUGUGUGUUUAGUUUAAAGUCCCAUUGAUUGGUGUGUAACGUAGACUUUACAUUCAGAGGAAACAUAUAUUCAGUUUCCAAUCAUUAGAGGAACAUGUUUCAAAUUAAAGAAAGAAAGUUACAAAGCAUGUUGGCUUUAUGCUGACGUUAUAACAAAUUAUUCAAUGUUUAAACCCGGAUGGAAAACCCCCGCUAGGUUGUUGACACUCUCGAGCCAUAAACAUGCUUUUGUUAGGCAGGCAAAUGACUUGUAACUCUAAAUUAAACUAAAGAGAUUCAAGCAUUGUUUGGAUUGUUUAAUAUUUAAUUUUGCACUUUAACUUGAUGCAGGUCUGCAGGGCGCUGACAUCACUGGAAAUUGUGCCUCAUUCAUUUGUAAAAAAAAAAUAGAAAUGUAUCCUCUCUCUGCUUGCUUUGCAGCUUUUAGUUGUAUAUUAAUAUUUGUGAAUGAUCUAAAAGCAGGAGGUUGGCAGCAUUUACUAAAUACUUUCUGCUCCUCAUUUACAAAAGUUAAUGAACUGAAGUUGCAGAUUAUUUGAGGGGGGGUCCUCUUCCUGAUGGCGGGUUGACGGUCAGACGGAACACAGCUCGCUGCUCAGAGCUUUUAUAAACCAUCUCUAUGGCGACCAUCAGAACCAGUUUUGUACGUCUCUAUGUGAACAAACUUUAGCGGUGUGCAUUUUUUUCUUUUUACAUAUGCCAUGUAAUAUGAACCGUAACAGAUUUAUCAUUGUGAAGUUUGAUUUUGCUGUACAGAUACAAAUUUGUCAAUUUAAUAAAAAUGUCUGCAGAUUUUCUA